AUGCUGCACAUCUAUCCCUCAAUUAUUUCAAACUCACAAAAUCUUUCCAAAAGCAACUGCCAGUACCAUAAAAUAUUCAAGGAGAUCAGCAAAGAGGAGCAGCUCCGACAGAGUUACACCUGCGCCCUGCAGAAAGACAUGCUCUAUCAGGGACGGAUGUUCGUCUCCGACCACUGGAUCUGCUUCCAUUCUAAGGUGUUUGGCAGAGACACAAAGAUCGCCAUCCCCGUCACCUCCAUCACCAACAUCAAGAAGACCAAAACCGCCAUCCUGGUGCCCAACGCCCUGGUGGUCGCCACCGCCAACGACAGGGAGAAGAGUCCGUGCAGCAGCCCCAUCCCGUCCUCAGCUGAGCACAGCUUCAGGGGUCAAAGGUCGCCGCUGGUGUCUCGCUUUCCCCUGACGCCCGACGACGACAAGCUAGCAGGCUUCCCGGCCACCCCCCUCCUGGACGUCCUGGCCCACUCAGACAAAGCAGCGCCUCCUCCUGAGCAGCAGCUCAGAGCCCGGCAGCAGCAGCUGAACCAGCAGAGCCCGGAGAAGAGCCUCACUGGUUCAGAGGUGAUGAUCAACAGCAGAGUCCUGAGGCCCAUUUCUCUCAGCACCCUGCUCAUCGUCUACAUGUUUCUGGUGUGUGUUUUGGUUCUGUCCUCCUGUUUUCUGGCCUUUAAGAUCGUGUCUUUGGAGCAGAAGCUGCAGACGCUGGGCUCCGUCAGCGACUUCACACACAACGUAAACGGGCUUCUGUCUGGGGGCGCUGACCUGAACACAGAGAUCUUCUCCGAGGUGCUGACCAUCAACCUGCUGAAGCUGGAGCGGGUGCAGAAAAACCUGCAGAGGCUGCUGGAGGAGGCCGACUGA